AGAUACGUCGGCCUGGCGUUGGCCAUGUCAUCAGCCUUGGCCAUUGGUACCAGUUUCGUUAUCACUAAAAAGGGAUUGAUGCAAGCCGAAGAGCGACACGGAUUCGAAGGCGAUGGAUUCGUAUACCUCAGAAGCCCCUUAUGGUGGGCGGGUAUUGCAACUCUUGGCAUCGGAGAGAUCUGCAACUUUGCCGCCUACGCUUUUGCACCGGCCAUCCUGGUCACACCCCUCGGAGCUCUCAGUGUCCUGAUCGGUGCCGUAUUGGGAUCAUACUUCUUGGACGAGGAACUCGGCACGCUGGGGAAGUUGGGCAGCGCCAUUUGCCUCAUUGGCGCCGUCGUCAUUGUCCUGCACGCGCCUCCGGACGAGGAGAUUGAGACGAUUGAUCAGAUCCUGCACUAUGCGAUCCAGCCAGGCUUUCUCUUGUACGCCUUUGCUGUCGUGGCAUUCGCAGUCUUCAUGAUCUACCGCAUCGCACCCGUCUACGGCAAGCGAAAUGCCCUCAUCUACCUCUCCAUCUGCUCUACUGUCGGCUCCAUCUCCGUCAUGUCCGUCAAGUCGUUUGGUAUUGCUCUCAAGCUUACCUUUGCCGGCCACAACCAAUUUACGCACCCCUCGACCUACGUCUUCAUGAUUCUUACGGCAGUCUGCAUCCUGACCCAGAUGAACUACUUCAACAAGGCCUUGGCAUCAUUCCCGACCAACAUUGUUAACCCUCUCUACUAUGUCACUUUUACCACUGCGACGCUCUGCGCCUCCUUCAUCCUCUUCAGCGGCUUCAACACCACCGAUCCCGUCAACACGCUCUCGUUGCUCUGCGGCUUCCUCGUCACCUUUACUGGAGUGUACCUCCUGAACCUUUCCCGGGGCGACCCCCACGGGCAGAGGCUGGUUGCGGGACGCGGUGGCUUUGACGCUGCUGGAACAGAUAUGGUCUCUGGCUUCCAAACCCGCCGCAGCAUGCAAUCUCGGAGAAGCGAAAACACGUCGAGGCACAGCCUCAGCAGCUUUCAUGGGGACAGGCAGGGCCUUAUCCGGGCCUACGACGAAGAGGAGGCUGCGGGUCUCGGCCUCACCGACCUCACCGAGAGCGACGACGAGGGUCUCAUGAACGGCGCCAAUGGGUCCAAUGGCGCGGCCAACGGUUCGGCCAACGGCAAGAAGCAGUACACCAGCAAUGACAUUGAGCUGGAAUCUCAGAAGCAUACUGAGAGGUAG